UAGCUGUGGGAGGCAUUUUUUCGGUAGAGUUCACAAGGAAGAAAAUCGUGGCAGCAGUGGAAAUAUCGAUGUUCUUGGACGAUUUCCUUCCAGGGCGAGUGGAAUCUGUCGAGGACAAAUCCCCGAUUUCGUCCAGGAGGAGCGAUCGAAGGAUGCUAUCGGGGCUUCCAAGAAGGAUGGCGUCGAGAGGUCGAUGCGAGGAAGCCGUGAGGAUGAUCGAGGAGACGUGCCUGGAGGAGGAAGAGAGUGUGCCGAGCGAGAGCUUGAUCGUGGCCGCUCUCAAUCGCCUCUCCUCUCCCAGAAUGCUCGAGGCCGGGGAGAGAAUCCACUGCGUCGCGAGCUGCCUCAACCUGGUGGAAUCGAAGAGGAAGAGAGUUGGAGUGGCGCUGCUGGGGAUGUAUGUGAGGUGUGGAAGCAUCGAAAGCGCUCGCAAGCUCUUCGAUUCCAUGGCGGUGGAGAGGAAUGGAGAGUGCUGGACAGUGAUGAUCUCCGCGUACGUGAGGAGGGGCUGGAUCAACGAGGCACUGCUGCUCUUCAAGAAAUCUCUCCUGGAAGGCGUCCGGCCAAGCGAGGGUACGUUUAUCGCGCUUCUUCACGCUUGCUCGAGGCCGGCUUCUUUGGAUCAAGGGAAGAAACUCCACAGGCUCUUGGAGGAGGCUGGAUUCCAGGAGUCCAUAGCGCCAUCGCUGGCUACUUCGCUGAUCAAGAUGUAUGGGAAGUGUGGGAGCUUGGACGAGGCCUGGAAGGUGAUGGAGAAGAUCGAAUCUCGGGACGUGGAGCUCUGGACAGUGAUGAUCGCUUCUCUGUCUCACUUCGGCAAGCUCGAUCGGGCAUUCGAGCUGCUCAAGAGGAUGGAUCUUGAGGGUGACAGGCCGAGCAAGAUGACUUUCAUGGCCGUCUUGCGAGCUUGCAAGGAUCAUCCGGAAGCUCGCCAAGUUGGAGGAGUUCUUCACGGUUUGAUCCGAGAGAGGGGACUCGAGUCGGACGUCGGCGUUGGAACGAGCCUCGUGAACAUGUACGCUAGGUGGGGAGACCCCCAGCAAGCGCAGGAAGUGUUCUCGCAAAUCGAAGCUCGCGACGUCUCGUCGUGGAACUGCCUGCUCGCGGCGUACUCUCGCUGCUCCCGGCAGGAGCAAGCGCUGGUUUUGUACCGCGAGAUGAUGCUCGAAGGCGUGAAACCGGACAGGCUCACGCUCAACACCGUCAUCGAUGUCUGUGCGAGCUUGAAAGAUCUGGAGCAAGGCAGCCGGAUCCACCAGCAGAUCGCCAGCUCCGGGUUUGCGUCCGACUUGAUGCUCGACACUGCGCUCAUCACUUUCUAUGGACGCUGCGGGAAGCUGGACGCGGCGUUGGAGAUCUUCGAGGCCUUGCCAGCUCGAGACAACGUAACUUGGAACACCAUGAUUGCAUCUCUCAACGAUCACUCUUCCCCGGAGGCCGCCAUGGGAUUCUUCCAGAGAAUGCAGCAAGAAGGUAUGGCACCGAGCAGAGUGACGCUUCUCACCGUGCUCGGACUUUGUGGCAGCGUCGGGGAAGCGAAGCUCGUCCACUCUUGCGUGAGAGAGAGUGGAUUCGAGCAGGAUAGCGAGGUGAAGAACACGCUCAUCACUGCGUAUGGAAGGUGUGGAGGACUGGCACAAGCCGUGGAGAUCUUCGAGGCACUCCCGCGGAAGAUCGAGAGCUCGUGGAAUGCGAUGAUGGGAGCUUACGCUGCGCAGGGAAAGCCGCGAGCGGCGCUGGAGCUCUUCCACCGGAUGGUGAAGCUGGAGCAGAUGAUCCAGCCGAGUGUUUCCACGAUCAUCCUGGCGCUCAACUCGUGCCGGAGCCUUGCCGACGGUAAGCUUGUGAUCUCUUCUAUCCCGGAAUCACUCGUGGAAGAGGAUGGAUUCGUCCAGGCGGCGAUGGUGGACAUGCUCGCGAGGUGUGGAAGCCUGGACGACGCCAGCGAGUUCUUUCACAAACUUAGGAAGAACAAGGACACGGUUCUCUGGACGACGAUGGUGGCGGCGUUCGCUCGUCACGGCCACUCUGCUCGAGCUCUCGGCCUCUUCGAAGCCAUGCUCCUCGACGGCGGCGGCUCUCCGGACGAAGUCACGCUCGUGAGCGUCCUCUCGGCUUGCAGCCACGCCGGGCUCCUCCAUCGCGGCCUCCAGAUCUUCGCCUCUACCGCCAGUGACUUUGGGGUCCAGUGGCGCUCGCUGGAGCUCUACGGCUGCGCGAUUGAUCUCCUCGGCCGGGCCGGGCAGCUCCAGGAGGCCGAGAUGCUCGUCGCGAGCUCGGAUUUCUCCGGGAGUUCCGUGCUUUGGAUCACGCUCCUGGGCGCUAGCAAGGUCCGUGGCGACGAAGAGGCGGGGAAGAGGGCGGCGGUGAAAGUUCUCGAGCUAGAUCCUGGCAACGCGGCGGCCCACGUUAUACUUUCAAAUCUGGCAUAUUCGUCCGAGCGCGACGGUGGCGAUUCGAUACACGUGGCGGGCGAUGCGAGAAGCGCAUCCGACGGCCCAGCAUAAGGUGUGGCGAUGGAGAUGGAGGUGGAUCGAGAGGCGGUGCCGCGACAGCAGCGCUUGAGGUUCACGUACCGAGGAAAGGAAUUCGUGCUGGCGAUCACGGCGAGCUCGAC